AUGGAUCCGUAUGAGGAUUUAUAUGGCAGGAAGUGUAGGUCUCCUGCCGGAUGGUUUGGAGUCAGGGAAGCAAACGUAUUUGGGCCAGACCUUGUUCAUCAGGCCAUUGAAAAGACAAAGCUUAUUCAGGAACGGUUACGCACAGCUCAGAGCCGCCAUAAAUCUUAUGCGGAUGUACGACGACGAGAAUUGGAGUUUCAAGUAGGUGAUUGGGUAGCUUAUGAAUUAGAGCUGCCAUCAGAAUUGCAAACGGUUCAUCCAGUUUUUCUUGUGUCCAUGCUGAGGAAAUGUAUUGGAGAUCCCUCCAGAAUCGUACAUGUUGAUGAUAUACAAGUUACAGAAAAUCUGACAUACGAGGAAGAACCAAUUGUUAUUCUCGAUCGACAAGUUCGCAGACUCAGAAACAAAGAGGUGGCUUCAGUAAAGGUUCUAUGGAGGAGUAAAUAUAGGGAAGAGAUAACGUGGUAA